AGGGAGAGAGGGAGCGGUGCCGGUGGCCCCGUCCUGCGGCUGUGGAGCCGCUGGCUGCCGCCUCGUAAACGGUGCCGUUCCCUUCUCCGGUGGGCAUACCAGCACCCUCGUAAGGAGAAGGCGGCGUGGUCCCUCUCCCGGCUGCCGUGUGGGCAGCCUUGGUCGCCCUCAGUACCCGUUGCUGCCGACACAGCAGCACUGAACAGGGGGUAUAGGAAGGCUGGAGAGUAUUUUGGAGAGAGCGCCGGUGGGAUUGUGAGGAAGGGGUGCUGAUGGCGGGAGCUUGAAGCCAGGAGGGCUGUGUUGGGCAGUGUGCUGUCACACCCUGGAGUGUGGCCUUAGUUGGCUGUGGGGGCACUGAUGAGACAUGGGCACCCUGGUAAUGGAACCGGUCAGGCUGUUUCUUGAAGCUUAGGAGAUGACAGUGGUCAGUGCACAGUGACCUGGGCCAUAGCCUGGUCGUGUUUGGUGUCCUUUUCUUGCCAGCUUGGGGAAUGCUCGGUCCGGGGGGAUCGGGUGGAUCUGCAUGCAUGUGUGUGUUUUUCAUGAAUUCUUUUUUGCUGAAGAUUUCAAGGGAUGGAGCAGUAAUUGUGUAGGAGUAAUCCUAAAGAAACUGAAAAAAAUCCCUACUUGAAAUUCUUUCAACUUGUGCUUAAAAUUGGAUGCUUGAGGCACUAACCACAUGUGCCGGCCCACAGCAUACAGUCCUCGGGGGACAGAGUGUACACUGCUGCCAUGCUGGCGUUGCACUGUUACCCAGAUUCCUCUCUCUAGGAUGUUGAUCCAUUUGUUCUCCUGAAGCCAGUUGUGUGAGCUCCUACAGGAGAUCUUCCUCAUCAGCCCAAUGAUUCUGUGUCUUGUGUAUUACUAGGUGGCUGAAUCUGUUUUUAAAGAUUUAAGUGGCGUUUCGUAUUGGUCAUCUACAGCGAGGACAAAGGACGCUUCAUAGAACAGAAUCUGUAAGACAGUAUUUUGGCCUUAGUAAUUCUCACUCUAAAUUCAGCAAAGUAGUGCUUCACGUGUGAGAUUCUACAUUCUAAAAAAACGCAGACGUGGAUAAUACACAAAUAGAACAGCACAGAAGAGCACGGUCAGCCUCCAAACCCAGACUGUAAACUAAAAUUGUAGUUGUGAAAGUUUUGUCUUUGGGAAUCAGCACUGAUCUUUUGUGUACAGAGAUGUACAUGACUGGAAAUAAGUGUUUGCAAGAUCAACACCUUAAGUGAGUGCUAAAGGAGGUAACAUCAGCACAGGAAAGCCAGAUUUUGAAAAGGGAAAAGGUGUGGCCAAGUUUCACACUUUUUAAUAGCUAUGAGACUUCUCAGAUAAGAGAGAUGCUUAAGUUUUACUUUUUGUAAGCUGAUUAUAGCUGUAAAAUAUAUAGGGGAGGUUAAAUGCAAGCUUUAAUUUCAUGGGUUAGGGAACUGGGCAGUGGAAUAAUUCACUGAGAAAAGGUAACACUAGAACAUUCUUCAGGAAUUACUUCAGGAAUGUAGUAUGCUUCAGCUGUUGGAAAGAAUUUUCCACUGAAUAUUAAAUAUCCUUAAAGAAUUGCAUAGUUUGAAAAAGAGAUGCUCUUAAUUUUGUAUGGCUUUGUUAAUAUAUACCUUUAUUAUUACUGUGGCAUGGCCAGUUCUAAUAUAAUUUCUUCUCAGUUUAUUUCAGUGUUUUGAUAGAGAAUGCAAAGAUCUUCUCUUGGAAGAUGCAUCAUGAAAUACAGAAAAUGAGGGAAGUUGCCCUUGUUUACCUUGACAGAAGUGGUGGCCUUCAGAAAUUUGUGCACGACUGCAGAAAAUACAAUGACUCAAAACAAAGUUAUGCUGUUUAUCGUUUCAUUAUUUCAAUAAAUCCUUCUGAUAUUGCUGAAUUAGAUGCAACUCUUGGAAAUUACAUUCUUCAUAAUCCCAUACAAGCUGCACAGAUAUUUCAGUCAGUAUGCUUCAUAGCUAUUAAGACAUUAUCGUUAAUUGAACAACUGCAGACGGAGGCUCAGAUUAGCAUACUGCUGAAGCCAACACAUUUGCCAUCUUUACCAAGUUAUGUUAUGAGUUUUUCUGCAUUUCCUUUUGAUUACACAUCUCAAAGAUUUUAUAUGUCUGAAGGAAUAGCAAUUGCAAUGGGAACUGUAACAAAAUAUACACAAGGAGCAAGAUUUCUUUGUACUGAGGAAACCUGUCCAUUUUCUGAAGGGUUUAGGUACAUAAGAGUGCAUCUGCCUGGAGCUACAGAAUCUGCCACAGUGAGGAAUGAUUUUGUGUGUAGUAUGUGUUCUUCAGCACUGCAGGAAGACGUGAAAUUUAGAGUACUUGGUGAUAAACAAAUAGUUGAAAUGAUUGAUACAAAAGUUCUUCAUGCUUUGAAAGGAUAUUCCAAUGAUAAAUCACAUUUUAGGAUUCAGACAUUUACAGUUUUCUUGAGAGAUGAACUGGCCAAUAAAAUGAAAAUAGGAAACCACUACAAGAUUAUAGGAAUUCCAGCUUGUGUACAAAAUGGCUUACAAGCUACAGCAUGUAUAGAAGUCAAUAGUGUACAGCUCUGUAAGCCAAUUGGCCCUUCUUUUGUCAGUGACAAUUUUAAGCAUCUGCUCUCACUGACUUCAGGUUCAUGCUGGAGGUUUACUGCCAUCCUUGCCAAUAUCUUUGCUUCUGAAGUUGUUCCACCAGGCACUUACAAUACUCUUAAACUCGCAAUAUUGCUGAGUCUAGUACAGACGUGUGAAAAAGAAAAUGCGGAUUAUCUGGAUCUGUUGAUCAUGACAAGUGAUACGCUAGUAAUUGAUAGGCUUCUGAAUUACAGCGUAUGUCUUCUGCCUCGUGGCAUACGACACCCACCUUCUAGUGAAAUUUUUCCUUCAGUGUCCAAAGAUAAACACGGAUCUGGAAGUGCUACUAUUCAAGCUUGCAGUGCUGUGCUGGCUCAGGGUGGUAUCUGUUACAUAGGAGACUUAUCUUCAUACAAAAAGGAUAAACUUGAACUUCUACAGUCAGUGAUAGAGAGCAGAACAACAACAGUGUUCAUUCCUGGGAAGAAGUACGGAGAAGAGGCUGACCAUCAAGUUACUAUUUCAGUUCAGACCAAUUUUUGGUCUUUCGUAGAUGUGGAUUCUUCCUCCAAGAAACAUAUACAAAGGAAUAACUUCUUAAUUGGACAGAUGGAUACAAGUUUGAUUCCAUCUAACCUUUUAGAUGUUUUUGGGCUUUUGAUAUAUAAUGAGUUUCCUUCGUGUCAACUGUCUUCUCCUCUUGUACAUCACAUCUUGAAAAAAGCCAUUAAUCCUGAAGCCAUGCUGUACAAAGUCUCACAGCAGUUCAGAAUGCAGGAUUAUCAGGAGUUUAUUUUGUUUGCUAAGAAUCUUCCUGUCGAACUGAGUUCAGGCGCAGAAAACCUCAUUCAGGGCUACUAUCUUGCAAGUCGCAGAGUGAGAAGAGAUUCUAGUCAUGGAUCAACAUUAUCAGCAUCUGCACUAAAAAUUCUGAUUUCACUGUCUAAGGCUCAUACUAAACUAAGUUUAAGGAAGAAGGUACUAGAGGAAGAUGCACUGAUUGCCAUCUUGUUACUUGAAUCAUCUCUUACUUUAAAACAUGGCAAGUCCGCAUUCUGUGUACCACCAAAUCCUGUAUUUCCAUUUGACCUCAGUGAUGAAAACUCCCUGCAACAGAGAGAUAGUUACCUCAUGCAGUGUCACCAUGAACUGCUGAAUUUUAUUGGUGCAUAUGGCCCAGGAAUUCACAUUAACACUAAGGAAGAGUGAAAACUCCACUCUGUAAGUAAAGCUUGAAACCAGCUUUUUGAGAGACUGCACUUAAAAAUAUCCAACUAAUAAAGCUUCUGAGAUUUUUGUAAGACAAGAAGUUGCUAAAAGUUGCUAUUUUGCUAAAGAAUAAAGCACAGCUGACAAGAUAUAAUUA